AUUAUUCGCGGGAACAAAUUGUUCUGGAGAAGUGGUGGUGUUAUUGGAAUACUUUACGGUUCUGGACUGAUGCUGCAAUGGAUCCGUCGGAGGUGGAGUUUCUUUCCGAAAAGGAGAUGGUGACGAUAAUACCAAACUUUAGUCUGGACAAAAUUUACUUGAUCGGGGGGGACCUUGGUCCUUUCAACCCGGGCUUGCCCGUGGACGUGCCGGUGUGGCUGGCUCUGAAUCUGAAGCAGAGACAGAAAUGCAGAGUCGUGCCCCCGGACUGGAUGGAUGUCGCAAAGCUGGAGCAAAUCAGAGACCAGGAGCGGAAGGAGGAGACGUUCGCCCCGAUACCGAGCCCUUACUACAUGGAGCUCACCAAGCUGCUGCUUAAUCAUGCGUCUGACAACAUCCCCAAAGCGGACGAGAUCAGGACCCUGGUGAAGGACAUCUGGGACACGCGGGUGGCCAAACUGCGCCUGUCUGCAGACAGCUUCAUCAGCCUGCAGGAGGCUCACGCCAAGCUCGAUAACCUAACCCUGAUGGAGAUCAACACGACCCGGACGUUCCUGCUCGACUCUCUGAACUGCAUGUACAAACUGCGAACCAACAUGCAGCCUGGGGCAGACUCCGGCAAGGCCCAGGACUACUGACCGCAGCAUGCAUCCCAUAAUUAACAUGGGCACAUGUCCCCGGGACAACGUAUCCGCAAGCCUCAUCAGCUCAGCUAAAACUCGGGCACCGAUUGUUGGGAAGGACAUUAAUCCAGCUCUACACAUUGCAUUUGGACUGGCAGCCAUUUUGCGAGGGCAUCUGGCAGUGACUUGGACCCGACCUCGAGUGCGUGUGGUUCUGAAGCAGUUCGGGAAGAUGGCUGAACGCACCUGGAGCUCCUUCCAUUCGCUUAAUUUUCUCCGCUCUUUUCCCUUUUCCUCGCUCCUCACCUGGAAAUCGAUCCAAGGUCCGCCAUCUUCAAGGACAUUCCAAUCCCGUAAAAAUGCUCCUUCUAGGAGCUAGAAUUAGACGCUGGGAACUCUCGACCUUUCCUUUGAGCAAGAAAACAUUAGCGCAUCCUUUGCGGACGUUUUCUUUUGGAAAGCCUGAACGUCGAAAUGGUCGACCUGUCCCCGUCUGCUACGCGUCUUCCACGUCUGUAACUGGCGUGACUCUGAACUGACGUUUGAAGGAGCAAGGGCAUUCCAUUUGCCCAAUUUGUGUUCUCUAGAUUUCCCCGUCUUUACUUUUCCUUUUAUCUUUUCCUCGCCUCUCCCAAUGGGUGGAGCUUGGGGCAAGAAAAGGAGAAAAGGAGGAGGAGGAGAAGGAGGAAAAGGGAUUGGAACGAGCCCCCGUGGCUCUCUGAGGUGGUGCGGCCUGUGUGCACCGGGUAAUGAUCACGCAGCACGUGCAGGACUGUGUACACGGCUUUGGGUAAAAUGGUUUUAGAUGCAUGGCAAGAUUGUAAGGGCAAUAAACAGUUGUGUAAACGUUUAAACAUAACACAAGGUAAUGGCGAACAGGCCAUUCAGCCCAGCAAUGCUCGCCGCCUUUUCCUACCCCGAAGUGUACCUGCUGCCUGAUAUUUUUAGUUUGGUUGAUCAAGAGUUUAAGCUUAAAUUGCGAGCAGUGAAUACCCAGUACUCUGUCUGUCUUAUUUCUGAAUACAGUUGAACUUUAGGGAAAUCUAAUGGACAGAUUGUGCCAAUGUUUCACUGUUCAUAAAAGUGCUGUAGGCGUUUUUUGUAUAUUCAAAACAGAAUGUAACUUCUAAUUUGUCAAAUAAUUUCAAUGAAACUGCAUACAUCAGGUACUAAUUUUUACACACAUUAAAGAUCUCAAGAAACAUU